AUGCUGUUAAAAUCGCAGCGAUUUUUUUCGGAGUGUCGGCCUUCGAGAAAACACUUCCACUCUUUCCAACAACCAGAAGGUUUCAAUCCGCAGUCACCUCUUCUCCCCGGCGGUCGUCCAUACGUUGCUCAGUUUUGGGAACUAUUAGCUGACCUUACAAUGGAUUUUGAUGAAUACGAUUACUUGGAAAAAAUGGUGGAAAAUCCAGAACCACCAAAGUCAGAUCAAAGAGCUAAUGGAGGUGAAGAAACUGGUAAAAAUGAAGAUAAAGAACGAAGCCGAAGCUCUAGGCAUAGAAGUGAGAAAAGCAGUGAUGAUCGUAGGUCAAAACGUGCAAAAUCGGGUGAAGAUUCCCGUGAACGUGAGAAAGAAAGAGGCUCUUCUCACCAUCGUUCAUCUCCAAAAGAUGGGGAUAGGAGUGAUAGAGACAAACAAAGGGGUACCCGUGAAACCAGAGACAGGGAUAGGGAUAAAGAUAGGAGCAGGGAGGACAGAAAUGGAAAGGGUAGAGAUAAAGACAGAGAAAGAGAAAGAGAAAGAGACAGAGGUGGUGAUAGGGAUAGGGAGAGGGACAGAGUGAGGGUAAAAAGGGAACAUGGACGUGAACCUGAGAAAGAAAGGGAAGAUAGAGAUCAAGAGAAAGAGAAAGAACAUGAAAGACCACAUCGAAGUGGAAGCAGAUCAGAAAGACAUGGGAGUGAAAGGGACAGGGAAAAGAGCCGUGAUAGAGAGGUUAAAGAUAAAGAAAGAGAAAAAGAAAAAGAAAAAGAAAGGGAAAUUAGAGAACCUGAUCGUGAUCGUGAAAGCAGAUGUGGUAGAGCAAUCCUCAGAUGGUCAUUCUGGGUUCUAAGCCAGACUCAUGGACUCGGGUUUAGGCUUUUACAAAUCCGUAUAAAAGAUUGAAAUUGCAAGAUUGGGGGUUUGAACUUUGAAGUUGGUGGGCCUUUUGGCAGGAAAUGCUGUUAUGGGAGUAGUGGGAUUUGCUUUACAGAGGCUUUGCUUUUGGAUAUCAGUUCACUUGUCUACAAGAGCCGUUUUUUUUGCAGGAUAUUAUAUUGCCAUGUGUUAUAUAUAUACUACAUAUAAUAAUUAUUAUUACAUUUCAGGUCUAAUACCACCAAUAGCUCAAGUGCCACUUCAUCUUUAUUUAUCUAAGUUUUGCCUUGACUUGCCUGUGCAUUUUGUUACUGAUUGUCCAUGUUGUCAGGACCAUGAAAGAUUUGUUUUCCUAUUUUUUCUUUCCCCAUUCCAUUGUUUUCUUUAACAAUUUGUUUUUAUAUAUGUGAACGAAUCAUAGGUGCUAUAGAUUUGGUUAUUUAAUCCUAUAUAUCCUGUCCUAGAAUCACAUAAAUAAAAUGAGUUACAGUUAUAGUAUAUAGCAACACAGGUCUAUUAGUAGUUUAGGGCGUGUUUGGCUCGUGGAUUCAAUGGGAAUCUGAAGGAAUUGGAAUCUUGAAUUCUGUUGUGGGUUUUCUGGUUGCUAAACCAAGGGAAUUGUAUUCCAGGAUAUUUCUUUACAAGUCCAAGUUUGAGAGGUUUUGUCAUUUCUUGGGGUGGGUGGUAGGGAUUGAGUUCUAUUUUUAUUUUUAUUUUUUCAUUAAAUGACCAAAACCAAAUUUUCCUCACAAACCCAUCAAAAUGCAAACACAUUCUUCAACAUAAUUUACAUUCCAGUGUCUUUGAUUGAUUUACAAAUUAAACAGAAAUUAGCAAAGGAUUGUGAUUGAAUUUCAUUCCAUUUUCAUCCAACCAAACACUUGACGAAUUCCAAUUCUUUCAGAUUCCAAUUCCUUUGACAUAUUCCAUUCCUUCCAAGUAGAUUCUAUGAAUCAAAUGGCCCCUUAGUUUCCUUGCAAUAUCAAAACCAUAGAUCCCAAAAACUAUUGUUGCUUCAUUCUUUUAAGUUAUGACAGUGUUAUUUUAUGCUUAAAAAAUUUUCAUCUGUCUCCACUCUCCAAUUGGGUGUCAAAAUCAUGAUAUACUUUAUACCAGUUGUUCUUUGAUUGUUGUUGUAUGGAGAUUAGGAUACCCUUUGUGGCUUUAGUUUCAUAUUAUUUGUAUUACUGUGUGAUGCCAGUCUCAUGCUGCCCUUUGGAAAUGUCUAAUCAUGAAAUGAAAGCUGUUAGCAGGUUCAAACACUAAUAUUAUCAUGUCACCCUUAUAUCCACUGAUGUUCCAUCAAGUAAGCUUAGGUUCAUUAGAAAAGGUACAAAACCUAUCUUUUAUUGUCACCUCAAAAUCGAAUUGAGUUACAUAGUGGUGUAUGCCUAUUCUGUUGCUUUUAACUAUUACUUUCUUCUCCAGGUUGCUUUUGAAUAUGCAAACAAAGAACUUAAUAUGUGGUUUACACAAAUUGAAGAAUAGUUCUUGCAUUAUAAAUGCUUGCAAAUAAUGAAUUAAGGAUGAAUUUCAAAUGUUUUUUUUUUCAGGCGAUAUAAAGACAAAAAGGAAGGAGCAGUAGAGCCGGAGGUUGAUCCUGAAAGAGAUCAGCGCACUGUCUUUGCAUAUCAGAUAUCUCUCAAGGCUGAUGAAAGAGAUGUUUAUGAGUUCUUCUCAAGGGCUGGCAAGGUUCGAGAUGUACGUCUUAUUAUGGACCGAAACUCAAGGCGCUCAAAAGGGGUUGGGUACAUUGAGUUUUAUGAUGCAAUGUCUGUCCCUAUGGCAAUAGCACUAUCUGGUCAACCUCUUCUUGGUCAACCGGUCAUGGUCAAACCAUCGGAAGCUGAAAAGAAUCUUGUGCAGUCCACUGCAACAGCUGCUGGGGUUGCAGGCGGUGCAGCAUACGCAGGGGGGGCUAGAAAGUUGUAUGUUGGCAAUCUUCAUUACAACAUGAAAGAAGAUCAACUUCGCCAGGUAUUUGAAUCAUUUGGUGUUGUAGAGCUGGUGCAAUUGCCUACUGAUGAGACUGGAAAUUGUAAAGGUUUUGGUUUUAUUCAGUUUGCACGUCUUGAAGAUGCUAGAGCUGCACAGAGUUUAAAUGGACAAUUGGAGAUUGCAGGUCGAAUGAUGAAGGUGUCUGCCAUUACUGAUCAAUCUGGAAUGCAAGAAAUGGGUGUAAAUCCUGGUGAUUUUGAUGAUGACGAAGGAGGUGGCCUGUCUUUGAAUGCACGUUCUCGAGCACUUCUCAUGCAGAAGUUGGAUCGUAGUGGAAACACAACAAGUGCACUUGGCAUCCCGGCCAAUAAUAGCACAGGCCUAGCGCCAGCUGGCGUUCCUUUUUCUGGGCUUGCAUCGAUGCCUGGUGCUGUGCCACUGCAACUCCCACUCCCACCUGUUCCUGUUCCACCCAUAGAGAGCAUUGGUAUCCCCAGUGAAUGUCUGUUGCUGAAAAACAUGUUUGAUCCUGAGUUAGAGGAUGAGCCAGAUUUUGAUCUUGAUAUCAAGGAUGACGUUCAAUCUGAAUGCGCAAAAUACGGAAAGCUAAGACAUAUUUAUGUCGAGAAGGAGAGUGCUGGAUUUGUGUAUUUACGUUUUGAGAAUAGUCAAUCUGCUGUAGCUGCUCAGCAAGCUCUUCAUGGAAGAUGGUUUGCUGGAAAGAUGAUCACUGCUACCUUUAUGGUGCCACAAAACUAUGAGGCCAAAUUUCCGGACAGCAUCUAGGUGAUUGAAAAGUUUUAAAACUGUUUUUCGUUGUAAUUUAGAUGUGGUUUUUAAAGUGUGUACAAGAACAUUGUUUGGUAUUUUGAGCAAUUGCAGGCAUUUGUGUUUUUUCUUUUAUCAUUUUAAGGAAAAACUUUGAUGUAUAAUAUUCUAUUAUGCAUGUAGCAUGAUUCUUAAUGCACUUUUAUAC